AUGCCCAACCCGCGCCACUCAUCAAAGAGCCCCGUCAAAGCCCAGGCGUUUGCGCUCAGCAGUGUACGACCGCCACAGCAACAAGGCGCUUGGCGUCCACCUCCCGUUUACUGCGCCGACGGUGUAACAUUGUAUCAAGACUACGUCAGAGCCCCACCUGGUCAGGUUGGGUUUGCGUUGAACACCUCCCACCUGGAGAAUCUAAAGGGCUGGGAAUCGCUGCGUGCCAACGAUGGAGUUGAUGACAAAGCUAACUACAUAACACCUGUGCACUCCGAUGCGGUGGCCGCCCCAACGGCGCACUCUGUGGCCCAAGAGAAGCAGACUACGCGCUGGGUCACGGAAACCAUUCCCGCCCUACUUCCUGGCUACGUGGAUCUCAUGCUUCGAACAGAGUGUCUGCGUCACCUUGAUCGUGCAACCCCGUAUAUGGCUUCAUGCGUUUGCGCAAAACAGAAAGAGAUCCGGGUCUACCUGCUUCGUUGGCACAACAGAAUUUCACUGCAGCACUGUGCCUGUCGCCCAGGAACGCAGCAGCUUGUUGCCCGUGGCUUCUUUCCAAGCUUGCCCGUGGAACCACACCUGGGCGUGGACAUACGAGUGCUAGACUUUGCGCAGGAUCUGUUCCUUAACCAGGCACCCAACAACCGUGCACUGACAAAAACGAUUGAACAGUGCCUUGACAGGCUAGGCUACAAGCUGCCCAACCAUGAAUCCCUUCGACGCCAAUUUGGCAAUGCAUUAGAGUACUAUGUUAUGCUGCGCCAUAGCACAGAUCAGGCCAUUGACAACAUCCUCGCCACUGUGCGGCAGAGGAUCCAGAAUGAGGACAACAACCAUGAAUGCCCAACCACACCAGCAAACAUUAAGACGCCCAGUGAGCGGCAGUUCUACAUGUUUGCACUACUUGAAGCUCUGUUCCAGCACCUGCCGACUGAUUUUGCCGUUGGCUUCCUACACCACGCAAUUGCUGUUCUGGCUGAAUGCCCGCACUCUGUAUCAGUUCUUUGCGCAGAGCACACCAAACAGGUGGCAACGUUAUCCCAGCCAUUACCUCGUCAAUCGAAGCAUGCGGGGAAAAUCGCCAUACAAGAUGUACUACGGAAGACGGUGGCAAUGGAUAGGCUGAAGAACCAAAUGUCGCAGUGGAAUGACGCCAUCUACAAGGAGGACGCCGAUCCGGUAUAUGUUGACUUUGCUGUCCAGGAGUACGCAAAAGCCAACGCAAAGCUCCUGAAACUUGCGGAAUCAGUUCGCAAGCAGAAGGCAAUCAUGGGCGUCGAAGACAAGGCAAACUUAUCCAAGCUAGUGAAGAGCAAGUACAUUCAGGCACGCACCAAUGCCGCCGCCGCAAAAACAAAGUUGCGCAAUCGCUUGCGCCAGAGGAAGUUCGAGCUUGACAGAGUGGAGCGGCACUUCCAUCGAAACAAAGCAGAUGCCAAAAUGAUGACUCACAUUGAGGACGCUGUGCGACGCCGUGACCAAAGCAUCAAAGAUGUAUGCCGGUUGUACAAUAGACUUUGCACGGAGUUGCAGGAGCUCAUUCGUCUCGGUCGUGCCCCACGCAAUGCAAUUGCACCUAGACAAAUCAUUGAGAAGGACAUAUGGGGCUUGGAUGUUGAUGCCGAAAUCUGGCUUGACGUUGGUCUAUCGGACGCAGAUGAAGACACGGAGCCGCCACUAUGGAUGAAAAGUGACACAGUUUGUCAGGGAAUCCAGGCCAUGCUGGAGCAGGACCGCUGUAACGAGGAGGAGCCGCGCUUGUUCCAUGAGUCUCGCGCUUUGCGCUGGUGGAUGGCCGAGGAAUGGGAAGUGCUGACGCGCGGAAUCAAGUUGGCUGCAGAAGACGGUGAAGCCGGGAUUGUCUAUCAGUUCAAGCUUCGCAAGUCCGAAUUGACAAAAUUGACUGCCGCGUGGGAGAAACCACUACGUCAGGUGCCGUAUCCCACAGUCGGGUUACCAGCAUGGGGCCUGUCCGAUGAAGAUCUUCUUCAAGUCCGCAUCAAUGAUAUGUUUGCCCGAACAAUGGUUGGCAGCUGGAAGGAGAGUGAUUGGUCAUCACAUCAAGAGGACAGCGCAUCAGACAGCGACUCUGGGACUGACACGGAGUACUUUCCCUACGACGAAUUGGAUGCUUUUGAGCGUGCCGGUGAUUGGCGAGAGCUUCAUGGUAUCUAA